CUCUGUCCGUAAAAGUUUGUCCGUAGUUACGUUAUUUGCUCAUACAAAUUAUAUUGAUCAUCAUAUUCAUCAUGUGGAAUUUAAAUAAAUCUAUCAUUGUCGUGGUUUUUAUUGGCAGAAUGAUUUCCUGUUUACUUGCUACAACUAUAUCUUUAAAUCCGAAAAAUUUCGAACAAAAUCUCAGUUUGAAUUUUGAAGAAUCGAUGGACAAAUGCGAUACGCAGCAACAGGAGAUUGUAAAACUAAAUAAUACGAAUUUGAUGACAGUGACAGACAAUUUUAUCGUUAGCGACCAUGUGGAUAGUAUUAUUCUCGAGAAUAAUACAAUCUCUUAUAUCUCUCCGAAAGCUUUUGAAAGUGUUCCAAAUUUGUCUUGUCUUAAUAUUCGAUGGAACAAUUUGACCGAUAUAUUUUACUACUUUCUACCAUCAUUCACACACAAAUCAUUAAAGAAAUUAAAUUUAGCUCAUACAGCAUUUGAUAGGUAUACCAAGACAUAUGAGUAUCUAUAUGGAUCAGUAUCAUCAAAAGGUUUCUUACCUAAUGUCACACAUUUAGAUAUUAGUGACAAUAAUUUAGACGUAUUACCGUCGUAUCUCGAAACUUUAUUUCCUCGCUUGACGCAUCUGUAUUUAUCAGAUAAUAAGAUAUAUUCGGAUUAUUUGAAACGUAUACCUGCAACAACGCAGUAUUUGUAUUUGGAAAGAAACGGCUACGAAGUUGAUAUAACGUCUUUUCCAAGAAAUAUUUCUGCGUUAUUUUUAAGCAAGAAUAAUUUAGUACAGAAUUAUUAUAUUAAUUCAUAUCCAAAUCUAAGAAUAUUGUCUAUAAAAGAAUGUAAUACUCUUUCUGAAGUAUUUCCUUAUCUUGACAAUGGAAAACUCGUUGAUUUAGAUAUAUCAUCAAACGAUUUAUCAGUUAUUCAUGCAGAUUUAUUCAAAAAUCCUAAAUCUUUACAACGUUUAUCAUUAGAUCGAAAUUCUCUUGAUUCAAUAUUAUUUUUAGAAUCUUUCGUUUCUCUGACGGAUCUAUCAAUUGCUUAUAAUAAGCUUGUUAAUAUUACGUCAAAUUUGUUUACGAAUACGAAAAACUUAAAGAAAUUAAAUUUACGAGGAAAUCGCAUCGCGUUAAUUGAUAAGGAUGCUUUUCUAAACUUGAAGAUGUUAGAAAAACUUGAUCUUGCAGAAAAUCGUCUGACUAAGCUUCCUGAUUCAUGGAUGAACACCUUGACAGGAUUGCGCUAUCUUAAUUUACAAUCGAAUUUGUUUUCUAGCAUUGAUUACAUGCAUAUAAAUGCUCGUAUUCCUUUAAAUUACUUAUUUUUGGGAAACAAUAAUAUCACAAAGAUCGAAAUGGCAAGUUUAAGAAAUUUACCUUCAACUGUUAAUGUUUUUCCUGAAUAUAUGAUAAAGUACAAUAUCCCUGAAUAAUUAUUACACCUUUUAUUAAAUUUAAAAUAAUACGUUAUUAUAUAAGACGUAUAAUAUUAUUAAAAAUAUGUAAUAUUAUUAGCUUAAAUAAACUCUAUAAACAAUGAGUGAAUUAAUGUAUUAAGUUAAUUAAAGUAAAUAAAGAUUGUUUCAAGCUUGAAAA